AUGUCUGAAAAUGAUGGGAAAAUUUAUCCGCCAUCUAAUAAGAGGGGGUAUACUUCCACUAAAGUUUCACCUGUGGGCUCUACCCAAAAUAGUGGUUUCAGAUCCCUGAGUUCAUCUCCUUCUUCUCCCAUAUACUUGUAUGAAAAUGGCAGAAGACACAGUGGAUCCUCGCAUGUAUCCUCAUCAUUUUAUGGAAAUUCGUCUAUAGAACCAAUAAAUAGCAGUUCAAGACAAGGUAGCGCCGGAAAUAUAUCAAAAUCGAGCUGCUCAUCUGUCAAUGGCUAUGGAAUGAGUGCAUAUAAUGCACCAGCAACGAGUUUCCCAUUACAUUCAACUUCAAACCAGCGUUCAAUUUACAGUUCAUCCAAGGGGAAAGUUGUAUUUCAAACUAAUGGGGAGAUUCUUUCACUGGCAAAAUCAAAUGCUACUCCCAACCUCUUUGCUAUAAGUGGACAGAAGAGUCUUCAAUUGGUAAGGAUCUCAGAAACGGAAAUAGCCCUUGAAUAUGAUUUAGUGACACAACCGGGACAUAGGAGAAACACAAAAUUUGGGUUAAUCAGUGACCUGAAAUUUGGCCAUCAUGCAUAUGGCCGUCACAUUGCUGCGUCGACUCUUUCUGGAUCCAUAUACUUAUACAACUUGGAUAGGGGAAAUAGAAUUCAAAGUACAUUAAACGAGCAUCAAAGGGCUGUGAAUUCGAUCGAUUUUUCUACAACUGCCCCAUAUAGGCUUGUUUCAGGUUCUCAAGACGGCAAGAUGAAAAUUUGGGAUAUCAGAAUGCGAAAUGCACGAGCUGCAACCACAAUCAGCGGAAACUGGGAUGCCGUGAGAUGUGUUCAGUUCAAUCCUCGGCAUGAGAACACAAUUUGUUGUAUCACCGAUUCCGGUGUUAUUCAGAAAUGGGAUAUUAGGAAUCCAAGCACGUUCGAAAGAAGAUUAAAUGCACAUUCUGGGCCGGGCCUUACUUUGGAUUUCCAUCCGGAACUAGACUACAUUGUAACUGGAGGCAGGGAUAAGCAGCUCGAAAUUUGGAGCAUGGGAUCUGGAUCCGAAUAUAGCAGAGAGCCGGACCACGUUAUUUAUACAUCAGGACCGAUAUACAAGGUUUGUUGGUGUAGAGGUCGUGGAAAUGGAUCUAUCAUGAACACAGAUAUUGCCACGUGCUUUCUAAAUGAUGAUCCCUGUGUGCAAAUCUGGAGUUUAUCAAGAAAAUACAUCCCAAAGCACACGGUAGAAUAUCACACCAAUCAAAUCACUGGAUUACUAUGGAAAUCUCCCAGAUAUCUUGUCACAUGUUCGAAGGAUAAGACUUUGAUUCAACAUGACAUUUUCAAGGAGCCAAAUGUAAUUGACAAUUAUCCUAGUGGUGCCAUUUCUUGGAAUCCCAAUGGUGCCAAUGACUUUAUAUUUGUGAAGCAGGAUAAAAAUGACUUCAAUACAUUUAAAGAGCCAUCGAAGGUUUCAAGUUUAUUCAAGAGCACUGCACCAGAGUUACCAAAUUCCGUGGUUCAUAAGUCUAGAACCUCAUCUGCAUCUGUCGAUAUUUUACAGCACCCUUUACAAUCUUCAGUUUCAUUGGCUUCUUACAUAAAUUCAGGAACGGAAAAGAAUAUCAAAAGAAUUCCUCCGAUAUCAAGAAAAUCCAGCAGCUUUUACGCUCAUUCACAAAAUUACGCUGCUAUUUCACCUAUUACCGUUCCCAUCGAUUUGGCAUUGCCCCAAAAUGAUCCAGAAGUGUUUACUUUCCUUUCAGCAAAAUACCAAAUUAGUAUUCCCAAGGGUAAAGACCUCGCUCAAAUAUGUGAGGAAAAUGCCAAGGUUGCAUCUUUGGCGGGAAAACCCCGUGACUAUCAAGUAUGGAGAGCAAUAAGGUUUAGCAUUAUAUACCAGAUGUCACAAGAGCAUGAAAAUAAGGAUAACACCUCCAAAAAAGAUGGCAGUGGGCCUUAUAGUGGUACUACUAACAAAGAGUCUACCCUCAGUGUUCAGUCAACAUUAUUCCAGAAUGGUAACUCUACAGAAUCGUAUCAGUCCAGUUUCAAAUCAUCUGAGGAAAGCCAUCGUCUGAAUUCGUCUACAGAUGAUCAGUCUAAGUUGGAGGAACCCAAAAAAGCCAAAAGCAUAUAUCCUGACAGUGGUAGAAGAAGCAGUCAACGGAAAAAAGAAAGACUGCACUUCACAAAUAAUGACGUGAGAAGUAAGGAAGCAGAUAAAUAUGAAAAUGCAAUUGCAGAUGAGGAGGAGGAUGUUUCAACUAGUCCUGCCGCCUUCACUGGUGAUGUGAUAGCACAGCCGAUGACUAUUAAAAAAAGUGAUAAUAGGACGUUUGGAAGUUUCAAAAAUAGAUACUCUUUCACUGGAAGCAGCGUUGACUUUGAUAACGAAAGGGUAUUGUCUCCUUCGUCUUCAGUAGGAACUACAAAGUCGGCAAUUCUGCCUAGAGUACCAGUAUUUUCAAGUCUAAACUCCAGUGAGGAGGAAGGUAAAAUUCUAAAAAGCAUUCUUUCAAGAAAGACCAGUGCCAACACCUUACGAAGAAACGUUUCCACUGGUGAACCAAGCCAGCUUACAGAAAUUCUAAAACAUGGUGUUUCUACCUUCACCGAGCAUCGGGCGCAGUUUAACUUGAAAAACGAUCAGCAUGGAAAUACCAACCUUCAAGUACCGUGGUACCCCUCGGAUUUAAUAAAGCAAGCUGCCGAAUUCAGUGCAAAGCAGGGUGAUGUUCUUCUCUGUGCGACUUUUGCCUUGCUUUUCAGGAGUGCUUACCCUGAUAGUAUUACCUCACGGCAGGCAGAGGAAUGGAUACUCUCAUAUCACAAGGCACUUCUCCGCCAUUGCUUGUUUAGUUGUGCAGCUGCAGUUGUGAAGAAAGCAGCAGACUCUUACGAGUCAUUCAAAACAAUUGGGCAGACCAAGACGUCAGUUAGGUUGUACUGCAACAAUUGUCAUAGUCUUAUUGCAAAUGAAGUGUCUAAGAAAAGGCUCCAAGAGGGAGAUGAGAAUGUUGAAUUUGGCUUUUGGUACUGUGACAAGUGCUCCAAGAGGCAGGGAAAUUGUGCAUACUGUGAAGAGCCACUUAAAGGUCUUUGUAUGGCUCUCUUAGGAUGCGGUCAUAAAGGACACUUCAAAUGUUUUAGAGCUUGGUUCAUUGAUGAAAACCAGUCAAGUUGUCCAUCAUGCGGAACGCCGGUCGUUCAAUAUGAAAAGCAGGUUGUUAUGUAA